GAGAGAGACGCAGAGAGACACAUGUAGGCACAGACAGACAAAGGAAGAGAGAGAGAGCUACAACAGGAUAUUAUGUCACCAUGGUUACUGGCAGCAGAUACCGAUCUUGAUUUCUCUCUGUCAUGCUGUUUUCACGCAAGCCAGUGUGAUUGCGGUGCUGCGAGGGGGCAGCUCCUGUAGUUGUGAAAAACUUUUGACACAAAAUUUCAUGCGCUCCGGAUCAAUGUGGCUUCAGGAACUCUGAAGAACAGCACAUUCCAUCUCUGAGUUACUGGUUCCUAAAAUAUCAAGAUGGGUCCUGCCACUGUGCCUGAGACCAUCUCCCCGUCCAACAAUGACUCCAACCAGACCUGUGACACCCUGUACGACCACCGGAACUACACCAAAAUCGUCAUGCCCCUCUUCUACUCCAUCGUCUUCUUCGUGGGGCUGUUUGGUAACUGCCUCGCCCUCCAUGUCAUCCGCCCCAACCUGAAGAAGAUCAACUCCACCACCUUGUACUCCCUCAACCUGGUGAUUUCUGACAUCCUAUUCACCCUCUCGCUGCCUGUGAGGAUUGCCUACUAUGCUAUGGGCUUCCACUGGCCUCUGGGAGAAGCCGUGUGUAAGAUCUCAGGCUUCAUCUUCUACAUCAACACCUACGCUGGGGUCAAUUUCAUGACCUGCCUCAGCAUCGACCGUUUCAUCGCUGUGGUGUUGCCUCUGCGCUUUGCCCAGCUCAGAAAAGUCAGUAAUGUGCGUUACAUUUGUGUUGGCGUUUGGCUGCUGGUUCUGGCUCAGACCCUUCCCCUGCUGGGCAUGCCCAUGACCCACGAGGAACCUCAAGGCUUCAUCACCUGUAUGGAAUACCCCAACUUUGAGAAGGUGGACCAUAUUGCCACUAUUCUGAUUGGUGCAGUCUUCCUGGGUUUCGUCAUCCCUGUGGUCACCAUCCUGGUGUGUUACUCAGUCUUGUGCUCCAAACUCCACUUCUCAGCCAAGGCCAACCAUUUCACUGAAAAGUCCGGCCGACACCGCAAAGCCAUCGGCGUGAUCUGCUGCGUGUCCCUAGUGUUUGUCAUCUGCUACAGCCCCUAUCACAUCGACAUCCUGCAGUACAUGAUCCGUAAGCUGGUGUCAAACCCCGACUGCGCCGACCUCACCGCCUUUCAGGUGUCGCUGCACAUCACUGUGUGUCUCAUGAACCUUAACGCCUGCUUGGAUCCGUUUAUCUACUUCUUUGCCUGUAAAGGCUACAAAAGGAAAGUGUUGAAGCUGCUGAAGCUGCAGGUCAGCAUGUCGUUCUCCAGUGCAGUGAGGACGUCACCUGAAGGCUCCUCCAAGGACUUCAUCGACGGCAACAAGAUCCAACUCAACAGCUCUACUGUGGGCACAACCAGCGAGAGACUCACAGAGAGGAGAUACCGGCAUGAGUAAACUAAAGAACUGAGACAUGCAAAGCUGCAUAGGAUGAGAUUUUAUGUGUCAUUGGGCCUAUUUUAACUGGGACAACGUCUUGAAUAAACUGGUCUUAACUUCGAAAUGGACUAAGUGACAUCAUCAUGAUGCUAAGCAGCUCCUCAGCACCUGGAUCCACUAGAAAGCAGCUGAUCUGGAAAACUCAGCAUUUCUUGUGUUUACACUUUUUCUUGUUAAUAUUGGUGAACUGUUCAGGAAAGCAGAGAUUGUCACAAAGAAGGAGGGAUACUUGUGGCCUUCCAGUACAGUGUUGAUGUUAAGUUGAAGUAAAGCAGAGCCUGCUUGGAUGUGGACAGUCAGGUGAUAUUAAAUCUUACUUAUCUUCUAAUUUCAGGAUAAUGAAUGUAUGGAAUUGCAAGUGAAAGUUUAGUACAUGUAAGGGAAGCCUUAAAUUCCUACAAGCAGUACACUGACUUCAAAAAACAGUUCUUAAAGCAACAACUCAGGAUCUGCACCUACACAUUGACCUCCCUUGCAGUGCUACUUUUAUGAACUGAGAUGUUGAUGUAGAAGUAGAUCUGAUACGAGUUUCGUUCUUAUAUGGAAUCAGACUUACAGUUUUUUGUUUUUUUUUCCCCCCGUCAUGUUUCAGUUCAGCUCAGUGUUGUAAUAUCUCAGGAAAACUGAUAACAUGGACAGCCAUUGUUUCAGCUGCCUGUCAAAUGAAUUGACCUUAAUUGGUUGCAAAAGCACCAUGUGUUUAUCUGCAUUACAAUUCAUUUCCUUUGUUUGGACAACGAUGAGGUUUUCUUCAAAGGCUUGUAAAUGGGGCUGUUUUUGAAGUGCUGUCAAAAUAAUAAAAUGCAUUUUUCUGA